AUGACUUCUCGUGACUCCCCCAAUGGAUCACUGCCCGCCGAAACACUGCCGCUCUUGAAUAGAUCCACUAAUUCACAUGACAACUUUGUGGAUCGAAUGAACGAAUCGAGGUUCAACGGCUACGGAGGUCGUGGAAGCUCACCCAAUCGAUGGGCACCUCGUGGGCCCGACCAACGUGAACAGCUCCGACGCAAAUCUGUAUCAGUGUUGGAAAUGACUAGACAGGGAUAUGUCCAACCAGAACAGAGACCAUUUUUCCAUCGGCUCUUGUCAAACCAUGCCACGGUGCUGAAUCCUAAUUGGGGUUCCACUCACGACUUGACCUCUCAGAGUUUGCUUUUCACCGAUGAAAAUCUGGUCCAUAGCCUCGACAUGGAGGAGAACGGCGAAUUCGAUCCGAAACAGCGUAUGAGUAUCUUGAGUGUAUUGCGGCCCGAAAAGUUGAUUGGCGAGUACAAGACCGUGGCAACAUGGCAAGAUCGCUUGGUGGAUGUUCUGAAAAUUCGUAACAAGAAAUUGAAAACCUUUUACACCGAGCAGAAUGAGCUCAUCGAGCGCUACAUUGAGAUUGAUAAUCUAUUGGAUUAUGGGAAAAUCCACUUGAGCAUGUUGUCCACAUAUACAGAGCCUAAGAAGAAGAAGCUCCCAGUUUUAGAUGAAGCUGCUGAGGAUCUACUACCUCCAGUCACUUCGCUGGAAAUGGGUCAAUCUCCCUCCAAUUCUCGUCUCAAUGGAGCCCCUGGAAACAUCCAGCAAGGGAGCCAGUACUUGGGUUUUAAUGAGGAACUGGCCUCGCGCGAGAUUUACACGGCCAUCGUGGUCAAUUUCUUCAUUAAUUUCAUUCUAUUGCUUGGAAAACUGAUAAUUGCAUUCUUGACCGAUUCCUUGUCGAUUGUCGCAUCGUUGGUGGACUCGGUACUUGAUUUCCUCUCCACUUUCAUCAUUUACGUCGCAAAUAAGCUUUCCACCACUGAGAAUUGGCAACUGCGUUUGGCUUAUCCAAUUGGAAGGGCAAAGCUCGAGCCUUUGGGGAUCUUGGUGUUUUCAGUUCUUAUCAUUGUCUCGUUCUUCCAGGUCGGCUUGGAAUCGUUCAAGAAAUUGUUUUUGACCACUCCAGAUGAACGAGUGGUCGUGCUGAUUGGCAAUGAUGCCAUCUUGAUCAUGCUAAUAACCAUUCUUGCAAAAGUCGGAUGUUGGCUCUGGUGUAAGUCCAGCAAGUCGAGUUCCGUCCAAGCUUUGGCACAGGAUGCAAUGACGGACAUUGUCUUCAACACAGUCUCAUUAGUCAUGCCCACUGCUGGUCAUUUCCUUGGUAUUUGGUGGUUGGACCCAGCUGGAGCUUUUCUACUUUCCUUCUAUGUGAUUUUCUCAUGGGGCAAAACAGCAUAUGAACAUAUUGAUAAUUUGACUGGUGCCGUUGCUGAGCCUAUGGAUUAUAAAAUAAUUCUUUACUUGGCGUACAGAUUUGCUGAAUGCAUUGAGCUGGUCACGGCUUUAAAGGUUUACCACGCUGGAGAUCUUUUGAACGUGGAAAUUGAUCUAGUCUUCAACACCACAGACUUUGACUUGACGUUUAAGGAUGCACAUGACAUCGCUGAGGCUUUGCAGUAUGCCAUUGAGACUUUGCCAAUGGUAGAGAGAGCAUACGUGCACAUUGAUUACAUGGAAGGCAACUUCAAGGGCCACUUAACUUAA